UCACCCCCCCUCCCCCAUCCUCACAUCCUAAUGUUGAAUCCCAUCACAAACACACAACCUGCAGCGCUUCAGCAACCUGCGUGACCAUGAGUGCAUCUGUCAUUCAUCACAUCAUCUGUACGAUGUGUGUUGUGGUGCGUGUGUUGGGAUGGCAUGAUUUAGAUAACAGUGAGUAUGACUGCUGGCCUCUGGACAAACCAGAUGAACUCAACAUGAUCGACUGCGGAGGUCUGGAAAUGGCGUGGGUUCUGCGUCCUCCAGAGAAGGUUGUGAGCGGUGAAGAGUUCACUGUCAUUUACUCAGUGACGGUCAGAGAUGAGUUUUAUCAGUGGGCCGUAAACAAUGAUAUAUUCAUACACAGGUCCAUCACAGACCCGGCUGAAGCCAGAAGAUUCUGCGAGCAUCAUGAAUGUCCCGGCAACUGGAAAGAUGCAAACGGAGAGAACUGCUGCAUCCAUCACGCCAACAUCCACUCUUGCCCCAUGGGAUACAUGAAACAGGCGGAGGAGAGAAUCUGUGGCCCGUGGAUUCCAGAUGACGGCCGAAUCUUCACUCACACCAUCUCCACCGCUGGAAAAAUGACACAGACAAACUGGACAGCAAAGGUGAUGUUGUUUCACGAGGGUUUGACGUCUCUGAUCGCUCACAUCCGUGUUGGAAACAUGCAGGUCGCUCUGGAGGCCAAGAGCAUCGUCCUGCCCGCUAUCAUGUGUGGUGACGGUGUGUGUGAGGAAGAAGAGACUUGUUCUACAUGUCCUGCAGAUUGUGGUGACUGUCCGCUCAGUUCUGCCGGACGAGCCGCUAUCGCUUUAACUGUGACCAUCGUCAUCAUCAGCUUCGUCAUCAGUGCUAUGUGGUUUAAAUAUCAGAAACAGAAGCUCUUCUGGGAUGAAAGUUGGAUCAUUGACUUCAAUCACAUUAAACAAGAUCAUGUUGCCAGGGCGACCAUGGGCAGUAUCAUGAGCGUUCCAGCGGCAAACAGUGACUCAAAUGCCAGUUGUGUGACGGCACUGAGCUCUUACACGGGUGUCACUACGACACGCAAACAACUCUACACACACACGGGCAUCUAUGACGGACGAACUGUUGCCAUCAAGAAAAUAAAAACGAAAACAUUUUCCCUCUCGAAGACGAUUCGCCAGGAGGUGAAACAAGUUAGAGAGCUGGACCAUCCAAACCUCUGUAAGUUUUUUGGCGGUUGCGUGGAGGUUCCAAAUGUUGCCAUAGUAACAGAGUACUGUCCUAAAGGAAGUCUGAAUGAUGUUCUACUGAACGACGAGAUUCCUUUAAACUGGGGUUUCAGAUUUUCCUUCGCUACAGAUAUUGCUCGUGGGAUGUCUUACCUCCAUCAGUAUAAGAUCUGCCAUGGACAUCUCAAAUCCACUAACUGUGUUCUAGAUGACCGCUGGGUUUGUAAAAUCACAGAUUACUGUCUGUGGGUUUACCGGCGUGAAGACUGCGCAGAACCGCUCACAACAUAUCAACAGAGACUGAAGGAGGUCUACACACCACCUGAAGCUCAGAACGGUGACCAGGAGCCCACGCUAGCCGGUGAUGUGUUCAGUUAUUCAAUUAUCUUAUUGGAGAUUGCAACCAGAAAUGACCCAGUACCAGUUGAGGACAGUUCUCUGGAGUGUGCCUGGUGUCCUCCGCUGCCCGAGUUGAUUUCAGGAAAAGCCGACAGCACCUGCCCCUGUCCUGCUGAAUACGCUGAGCUGAUUCGAAGGUGUCGUGCUCAUAACCCCACCCACCGGCCCACCUUUGAGCAGAUACGCAAGUUUGUGAACAAAAUCAACCCACAUAAAGUCAGUCCCGUGGACAUGAUGAUGGAGCUGAUGGAGAAGUACAGUAAACAUCUGGAGGUUCUGGUUGGGGAACGGACUCAGGAUUUGAUGCUGGAGAAACAAAAGACCGACAGACUUCUCCACAGUAUGUUGCCCAAACAGGUGGCAGAUGACUUGAGACAGGGAAAACCUUCACAAGCUCAGAGUUACAUCAGUGCCACCGUCUUCUUCAGUGAUAUCGUGGGUUUCACACAGUUGUCCAGCUCCAGCACGCCGUAUCAGGUCGUCGACUUCCUCAAUAAACUCUACACCACCUUUGAUGACAUCAUCGACAACUAUGACGUCUAUAAAGUGGAAACAAUCGGGGAUGCCUACAUGGUGGUGUCAGGGGUACCCAGAGAGAACGGCAUUCUUCACGCAUCAGAGAUUGCCAGCAUGGCUCUUGACCUGGUGUCUGUCUGCAAGACCUUCAGAAUCCCCCACAGACCAGAAACACAUCUGCAGAUCCGCGCUGGAAUACACUCGGGUCCUGUAGUGGCAGGAGUCGUAGGAACGAAGAUGCCACGAUACUGUUUGUUUGGCGAUACGGUCAACACAGCUUCUCGUAUGGAGUCCUCCAGCGAGGCGUUGAAGAUUCAGUGCAGCUGCAGCACGUUCUACCUGCUGGAGGAGGUCGGCGGAUACACGCUGACCUGUAGAGGUGUGUCACAGGUGAAGGGCAAAGGGGACAUGGUGACACACUGGCUGGAAGGCAAACGUGCUGCAGCUCCCAGUAAAGACUCAAAGAAACCAGUGACGCUGCAGGAGUCUGAGACAGAGGACUACACCAGUAUCCCAGGAGUCCUGAGCCCAUCUAACAGCACUGACCUCCUGUGUUAACACAACUAACAUCUCAACAGCAAACCGUCGCCUUAGAAUUAAAAGGUUCUAUCUGACAUUUUGGUCAAAAUUGAGUUAUUCACACAUUCUUAUUCUGUGACAACUUAUUUACAUUAUGCCAUGUUUGUUUUUCUAAUGUGUGCGUUUUCGGACUUCUAUCUACAAAAUCGAAUUAUAAUUUGGUGCCAUAAGGUUCUAUCUGCAAGAGCCAAUCAGCACUUUGAAUGCACGCAAGAGGACCAAUCAGGAUUAGCUUUCUUUGUCAUGUGACCGGACUCUUCAGUGACAGGGGAAUAUCUGAGGAAACAAUGUUUAAAAGAAACCUCGAGGUUGACUGUUUUAUUGAUGCUCUUGUCAACGAGAGCAGCUCAAACGACAGUAUUUUUUGUUUUGUUGAGGAGAUAAUUAUUUUUAUAUUUAUAGACGCAACACUAGCAGCGCUAGCUUCCUAAUACCUGUGUUUACAUAGACUCUCAUAAUGCAGUUAAUGCCAAAUAGUCAACAACUUCAAGAGUCUUGAUUACAACAAUAAACUUUAUUAUGUUUUUUCAGCCGUACUCAUCUCUAAAAAGUCAUUUGAUCUGUCCCACCUUCUGUGGAUAAAACAUCCAUACAACAAUUAGCACGGCCUUUUAUGCUUAACUUCAACUAGAAAAAAGCAUCCUAAAAUAGGAAAUAAAAACCAUGUAAAUGUACCUUUUUUACACAUUAUUAUUCACUAAUUUCAUGUUUUAACAAACGUUAAAAUGUGUUGCUUUAAUGAUUGUUUUGCAGAUAGAACCUUAUCAUUCUAAACCGUAAGUGAUUUUUCAGAAUCAGUAGGUCCUGUCUGCGUUUGACCUUUUCCAAAAACCCAUUUACAAAUUUCAUAAAAUGUUAAUCUUGUACAUUUGGAAUACAUCUAGGGUCUCUGUCUUUUUCAUGUAUAAAAGAGAUUUGUUCCUCAUUGAAAUUCAAAAACAUUAAAGCUCAAUAUCUCAAAACUACUCAGACCGCAGAUCAAACCUUAUCAUUCUAAAGCGACGAAAUGUGUCUUUAGGUCUGUGCUGUGAAAGUCGAUGUUUUCUUCUCUUCUGUUUCACUUCUGUUAUCAAAAACAGCUGUAGAUGAACACUGUGCCAUCACAGUGAAGUGACAUGAACUGUCUUAAACUCUCGUUACGCUGUAGUAUCUUGAGAAUGAAGAAGUGUUGUCCUGUUAAGGCUGAAAUACACUACAAGACUGUUGCUCAGGUUUUCAGUCUGGACUUGUUUAAAGAAAGUCUGUGUCAGUCUGCAGAUUUGAUCAGUUAGUGUGUUUCUAUCUGAAACUUUCAAAAAGCCUGCAAGUGUGUGAUGUCUAGUUAAAAAAAAUCUGUUCAGAUUUGAAAAGUCUUGUAGUGUAUUCCUGCCAUUAGAGAGACAUGUAAGCAUCUGUGAAACUGAGGUCAGUGUUAACUGUACUGUCAUAUCUGUUCUGUAUAUGAGUGUCAGUGUUGUAGUCCCAGGAAAUCCAGCGAUAGUGAAGCGUUGACAUUAUUCAUAGAGAAAUAAUAUUUAUUUAUAUAAUCAGGAGAGAAAUACUGCUGUCUGACUCUGUACAUUAUAUUUAGUUUCAUAUAUUAGAGACGUGAAGUGAAAGUGACCUAUUAGUCAGAUGUGGUGACCCAUACCCGAAAUGUGACCUCUGCAUGUAACCCAUCCAGAGAGUAGUGAACACACGCACACCCGGAGCAGUGGGCAGCUAUCACUGCAGGGGGUCAGGUGCCUUGCUCAAGGGCACCUCAGUCGUUACCCGCCGGCCCAACCUUCUGGUCACGAGUCCCACUCUCUAACCGUUAGGCCUCGACUGCCCCAGAAUAUGAUUAGAAGACUCCCAAAACAAUAAGAAGGAUUACCUUAUAUCAGACAAAAGUACAAAACAACAAACACAACAUCAGUGAAUGUAUGGAAGAAGAGAACGCUGUAUUUUUCUGAAAGAGAAAUAAACCAUCAGGUGUUCAUGUGAGUCAACAGCUCUCCAGCUAAUGAAUGUGUAUUCUGGAGAGAGAGAGAGAGAGAGAGUCACUGAUGUGUCGUGUGCAGCUGCUGCAGAUACAUCUCUAUCUUUCUCUCGAAAGCAUUUUAAAUGUUAAAACUGCUUGAAUAAA